AUGACACAACGACACAAAUAUAAUCCCAAUGGGACGCCGUGUCCGUUGAUCACAGGAUCUGCAGCGCCUACGAGGGCGGCAGCGACCGCAGGAAGGGCGCACGGUAGUUUCCCCGACGCCAAUUGGCGGGACAAUUCGAUCUGUAGUGAUGCCGGUGGUGGUGGUGACGGUGACACGACGGCGAAUAUUGAAUUCACGUCGGCGUUUGAUCGACCGUCGUUGAUGACAGGCGUGCGGCCGAGGAGGCAAGGAAGGGGCAAUGGGAAGGGGAAUCGGACUAGGACUGGGACUAGGCUCGGCUUUACUAUCUACGAUGAUGAUGAACAGCAAGCUUCGAGUGGGAAGCGGGCUAUCAUCCCAGCCACUGCUGCUGCUGCAACGAACACGCUGGCCAUGCCAGCCAGGAGAAGCGCGACUGCCCAGCCGCCGCAGCGCCCGACGCAUAGAGUGUCGUUUGCGCCGUCGUCGAGGAACGUUGGUGUCCAUGUCGAGGGACAGCCGGGAAUUGUCGCAAAUGAACGUGAAGGUGCUCCGAGGCCUCGCAGGCCCAUAUCACAGGCUCCACUGCGGCGGUCGCUCGUCAAGCCUGACGGUGGUUCGAGAGGCCACCAGCAGCAGCAGCAGCAGCAGGAGCUCUCGUCAUUACCAGAGGACGACACGGUCAUUGACUUGGGUAUGACAACAAACACGACUCAAAUCCUAAAACCCGCGCGGCGCGGCACAAUCUACAUCCCGAAUGAAGACACGACGAUGCCGAGCAUGUACAUGGGAAUAUUCAGCCCGAUCAAGGACCUGGACACGCGCGCGAUCGUCGAGGCCGCCGGUGUGCCCGACUCGGAAAUAACUGGGAUUGCCGCACAGAUGGCAAUGAAGAGGGCGAGGGCGCCUACGUCAGCAUCACGGCGUCAGUUCACAAUUGCUGCGUCACCAAGAAGACUUGGAGGGCCGUUGCAGAACGUGGCUAGACCGGUGCAAGAGGCUGCUGAGGUGGAAGAUAGGGUUGGGCAGGGGAAGGGGAAGGAGAAUGUACCGCCUGGUCUGGUUCAGGGUCGGAGACAGGAUAAUGAUGGGAAGAAGGAAAUGAUGAAGAAGCCAGCCAAGCCAGCACCAGCGAGGAGAGCGUCAACUAUUAUGGCGACCAUGCAGAGCAGUAAAGAUGGAGAGCUUCGACCGUUGGCAGACGAUAUGGCGAAAUUGAGCCUUGUGAAUCUGGAAGUAAAGCGGCCCAGGCUAUUCGCACCUACUGCAAGCUCCUCGGGCAAGGCAAUGGACCAAAACGUACCCAGCAGCAGCAGCAGCAGCACAAGAGGUACGAGUUCGAGGUUGGGUCGGGAUGCCGGCUGUUUCAAGCCCGCGGCCACUCAUAACGAUGCAGGUAGAGGUAUGGCAAAGAAGCCAUCUCAUUCUCUCGGAACCAGGCUCCUAGCACCACCACCACAGGUGCAAGAGCGCACAUCCGAAAAGAAACCUGCUGUGCCCAACCGCUUCGUCCUCCCAAACAUCAACAUCAAAUCUGGCGUUAUCCCACUCACUCAGGCAUAUCCUCUCCUGACAGAAGACCUCGCAACGCCAGCCAUGUACGAGGAGAAUUGGCUGAACCACCAGCAGAUAGCGAUCACGCAACUGGUGAACAACCUCUUCGAGACAUCCGCGUCUGCAUCAAAGCGAGGAGUGAUUGCAGAAGGGAUGCUGCUGCGUAUCAGGCUGCUUGAAUUGUACGGGAACGCCGAGAAUGUAAUGCUCUUCAAGCGGCUGCAAGGAGCUCUGUUGUACGGCGGCCUCCGUGUGCCCUCGGAGGCAUUGGCGGGGGCAGCGAAGCUGAACAGUGACGUGGGCAAGCGCAGAGCGUUUGCGGACCUGUGGCUUACGACAUAUGAUGUUGGAUAUUUGAGAGCCGCGCUUGAAGUCGUCAUUGGUCGUCAGUGUGGAGGAAGAGCAUCAUCAUCGCCGUCAGACUCGCCAUCCGGUUCUCUGAGGAGGGACAGUCACGAGGAGAUGCCCUCCACUACUAAUCAUAGUACUCGGAGGCGCCAUUCGUUGCGAAGGUUCAUCGAGGCUUUCUUGAUACGCAAUGAGGAUGGAGCACCAGAUGAAGCAGCGGCCUCAACGUUGUCUCACGCAGCCCAUGAUUCAUGGUCGUACCAACGAACCCUACUACGGAGUCUCAUGCUGAUCAAGUUGCUGGAUUACACACCCACUACCAUUGGUGGUUGUCUAUUCCAGUCAUCAUCAAACCACAAGUCAUCGGCCAGUCUGCUGCAAGCGCUGUUUCAGAUGCUCAGCCCAAGCGCAGGAGAUCCCAGCCGGGCACUAGGUCAUAUUGGUUAUACUGUACAUCAUGUUCAACACCCACUGGAGGAGUAUAGCUAUGAGAUUGAGAAUCUCGCUGUUGACCUGCGGGAUGGGGUCCGCUUGACAAGACUAGUCGAGUUUCUGCUUCCUGCCAGCGAGAAUUGUCUGUCGGAUGAGGAUGGGGAACGGCAACAGCAACCGCAACGAGAUUGGCCCUGGCGGCCAUUGUCUCAACAACUCAAACUCCCCUGUGUAAGUCGAGCCACGAAGCUACACAAUGUACAAGUGGCGUUGAAUGCACUACACAAGAUCCAAGGCAUGGCGACGUUGAUGCAAGAUAUCUCAGCAGAAGAUAUUGUGGAUGGAUUUCGGGAAAAGACUGUCAAACUUCUUUGGGGGUUAACGAAUACGUGGGGUCUGGGAGGACUGGUUGACUGGGCCGAUGUUGAACGAGAGAUUAAAAGGCUUCGUCGAGCGAACGAGAGCACAGACGAUUGGAAAGGCUGUCUCCUGACUAUCCCUGAAGGUGGAGAAGCGACAGGUCAUACAAGGUACAAGGCGCUGUUGGUAUUGUGGGCCCAAGUGGUUGCAAAGACGAGAGGCAUCCUGGUCAAAAAUAUGACAACAAGCUUCGCGGAUGGACGUGUAUUCGAGAGCAUUGUGGACGAGUACGAGCCGUAUAUCAUGCCCAUUGGUCAGAAAUCGACCGGCCGCAAACACCUAUCUGAACGACUCAGGGGGCUAGGGUGCAGCGAACAAUUUGCUGGGUUAUUCAGCCAUUCGGACUCAUCAUCAAAGCGGAUACACGUCUUCGAUCAGGAUUUUGUGACGGCUGCGUUGGCAUUUUUGUGCUCCAGGCUACUUGGCCCGUCCAGAAGUUCGAGAGCGGCGGUGUCGAUCCAGAGAUCAUGGCGUCAGCAUUGGGGUCGAGUUAUGGAUGAUCGGAAAAGUCAAUUGAAGAUGUUGGCUGAUGAGUGUGCUGCGAUGGUCUCUACCACUGGUCUUCAUCAGGAGGUGGGCGCCACACGCAAGCAUGACGAGGCUGAGCCCAAGUCCGAUGAGGCGACGGCAGUACCCUUGAGUCAGAAUGUCGAUGAGGCUGACAUCUGGUUAGCUCUUUGA